CCUCCCUGUGCUCAGAGAGAUGGGGAGUGGGGAGCCUAAUCCUGCUGGCAAGAAAAAGAAGUACCUCAAGGCUGCCCUGUAUGUGGGUGACUUGGCCCCAGAUGUCACGGAGGACAUGUUAUAUAAAAAGUUCAGGCCUGCUGGCCCUCUGCGCUUCACCCGCAUCUGCCGUGACCCGGUGACCCGCAGCCCCUUGGGCUAUGGCUAUGUUAACUUCCGAUUCCCUGCAGAUGCUGAGUGGGCCCUGAACACCAUGAAUUUUGAUUUGAUUAACGGCAAACCAUUCCGCCUAAUGUGGUCUCAGCCAGAUGACCGCUUAAGAAAGUCUGGAGUCGGAAAUAUAUUCAUCAAAAACCUGGACAAAUCCAUAGACAACAGGGCCCUUUUUUAUUUAUUUUCUGCAUUUGGGAACAUUCUCUCUUGCAAAGUCGUGUGCGAUGACAACGGCUCCAAGGGUUAUGCCUAUGUGCACUUUGACAGCCUGGCCGCUGCCAACAGGGCCAUCUGGCACAUGAACGGAGUGCGGCUCAACAACCGCCAGGUAUACGUUGGCAGAUUCAAAUUUCCGGAAGAGCGGGCAGCUGAAGUUAGAACUAGGGAUAGGGCUACUUUCACCAAUGUUUUCGUUAAAAACUUUGGCGAGGACAUGGAUGACGACAAACUGAAGGAAAUCUUCAGUGAGUAUGGGCCAACCGAGAGUGUUAAGGUAAUUAGAGAUGCCAGUGGGAAAUCAAAAGGCUUUGGAUUUGUGAGGUAUGAGACACAUGAGGCUGCCCAAAAGGCUGUGUUAGACCUACAUGGAAAGUCCAUUGAUGGUAAAGUCUUGUAUGUGGGGCGAGCGCAGAAGAAAAUUGAACGUCUGGCCGAGUUAAGGCGAAGGUUUGAGCGUCUGAGAUUAAAAGAAAAGAGUCGGCCUCCGGGGGUACCUAUCUAUAUUAAGAACCUGGAUGAGACCAUCGAUGAUGAAAAACUGAAGGAGCAAUUUUCUUCCUUUGGGUCAAUUACCCGGGCCAAAGUGAUGGUGGAAGUGGGGCAAGGCAAAGGGUUUGGUGUGGUCUGUUUCUCCUCUUUUGAAGAGGCCACCAAAGCAGUAGAUGAGAUGAAUGGUCGUGUAGUGGGCUCCAAGCCCCUGCAUGUCACCCUGGGCCAGGCCAGGCGCAGGUGGUGAGACGAAGAAUGCUCACUUUGUCUCAGCCUUAAGCUGGUGCCUACUUAGUUUGGGCUACUUUGUGAUAAGAGCUUAUUUUAUGCCAAUUCACGGGUUUGUUUGUUUUUUUUUAUUAAGUGAAUACUUUCUUUUGAAAAAAAAGUGAGAGAAACUAGAAAACCUUGUUCAUUUUAGUGAAGAACAUAAUUUCUAAUUGUAAAACUGUCACUUUGUACUAUUUUCGAUAUAAUAUCCUUAGGACUAUGUAGAAUAAAGUUUAUCCCCCCCCCCUUUUUUUUUCUAAACCAGUCAAGGUGAAGUAAUAUAUUUCCUUCCUUAUUUCAAUAAUACUACUAAAUUUACUUUCUUCAAUGAAAAUAUCCUCAAAAUGGUUCUUACUUCUGAAUCUACCCAGUGAAAACUUCUAUCUUACUUUUUAAGAAAUCAGU